GGCACUGGGUGGCUGGGAGAAGUGGUCGAGCCAUUGAAGGACACUUUUUGUAUACCAUUACAUGGAAGAUGAUUGAAAUUUUCAUUAUCAAGGUGGAAGACCCUGGCUGUUUCUGGGGGCGAAUAACAAAUGGUUUCAGUGAUCUGGUUGAAAAUGCAAAUCAGUAUCAAAGAUUGGAGGAAAAGAUGAAUCAAUUUUACCACAGAAGCCACGAAGAUUUGGAAGAAAUUAAGCUUCCUGUUCUAGAACAAGGACAGAUUUGUGCUAUUUACUGCCAUGAACUACGGCGCUGGUGCAGGGCAAUACUAGAAUCCCUUGUAUCAAGUGGAAGUAGUUAUCUUGCAGAGUGUUUCCUAGUUGACUACGCAAAGCACAUUCUGGUGAAAGCAAAAGAUGUACGAAGAGCAGUUGAUACCUUUUGGAAACUACCAUAUCGCGCUAAAAAGUUUGCAUUGUUUGGCAUACAGCCAAUGACAUUGCACAUUGAUGUUUGUGAAGAGAAAGCAAAAAUUGGCCCAGCAGUAAGAUGGGAUAGUGCCGCAGUGCAAUAUUUUCAAAAAAUGUCUCGAGAAUCUGAAGUUGCUGAGGCAAAAUUACAAGGUGUUGCUGGGGAUACGUUUGCAGUUCAAUUAUAUCUCACCGUGAAUGAUGAAAAGGUGUGCCUAAAUGAUGAUUUAGUAGCAAAAUUCUUUGCAUGCUAUAUUUCACCAAAAAAUCAAAAUCUGAUGAAAAGUCUGAAUUCUUCAUCAAAAGUCUCUUCGGUAUUGUGCCAGAAAAAAGAAGCACCAGUUAAGAAGAAUAUUGGUCAUGCAGCAUUGGCUCUUUGGUCUGAAAUUGUGCAAGGGACUGCACUCUCAGUAUUAAACCAAGGCUCUGCUGGCCAAGAGCAAGUUGCUCAAUGUCUACAAUCCCAAGAAAGCCUAUCCUGGGAAAGUGUUAAUAAACAAUGCAGCAAAACAGCUGUAUCAUUAUCAAGCAGAAAAUCAGUGGAGUCACUCAAAACUUUUUCCUUUUGUCCUUUGGAAAAACAAUCAGAUUGCAAGAAAACAAGGUUUUAUCUCCAUGAUGAAAUGAGAAAGGACAGGAAAACCUCCACAGCAAUGCAGAAAUGUGAUGAAAUACCAGCUUCGUGCCCAGUAUUAGCAUUUAAACAAUUGUUUUACAGACUCCUACAGUUUCUAAACCCAGAUCCAUUGAACUCAAAAAGUGGACUUGAAUUUCAUUUGCAACAGCCUUCGCACAAAAUGGCCUUUGACCCAUGGAAUGGAGUCUUGGUGCAUUCACUCAUCAAACUGAAUCCUUGCAGAAGCAUGGAAAUGUCACCUGUUUCUCUGGAUUUGAAAAAGGAACUGUGCAAGAAAAAAAUUGUUACUCCAAACAUUGUGCAAGCUUACUGUUGGCCUGCUAUAGGCCGUGGUUGUGACUUAGUUGCAGUAUCACAGAAAGGAGAUGAUCCGCUUCUAUACAUCCCUCCAUUGUUGACAUUUCUACAGUUACCAUCUGUGUACAGCUACCAACCCAGACGAAAUUUGCCAUUAGCAAUAAUCAUUUGCCCUGGACGACAGAAGGCCCAUUUUGUAUGCCAGAUGUUAAUGGACUUAAUAAGGUCUACUCGACCUCUUUCUCUAUCGUUGGUUUUGGUUGGACAAGAUCCAGAAGAAACCAAGAAAAUAAAGUUUACCAAAGGAUGUGAUGUAGUUGUUACUACUCCACACAGUCUGGCACGAGUCCUUCAACUACACUGCCUAUUUUUCAUUAGACUCAGCCAUUUGGUGUUGGAUAGGGUUGAUAUACUUUUCGAUGAAGCAAUGGAUGAAAUGGCUACUAUCUUGCAAUGCUUCAGGGAAGCUACUAAUGUUCCAGAGAGAGGGUCGACCCCACAGCAGCUCAUUGCUGUUGGCAAGCAUUGGACAAAGCGAAUGGACAGUUUAGUAAAAGAAAAUCAAAGUGAUCCUUACAUUGUUAUAACAGCCAUGGCAGAAGCUGCACUGUAUGGAAAUGUGCAUCAGGUUGUGCAGGUUUGCCUGGACUGUGAGAAAACAUCAUUUUUGCUGACCAUGUUAGACUUCACUUCUGAGGUUUUGCAGAAGACUAUUGUCUUUACUAAUUGCGCUGAGGAAGUGGAUCAUGUGUUCAAAGCUUUGGGCAGUAAUUCAAAUUUCUGCAUGAAGGUGCAUGAAGGAAUGAGUAUGCAAGUUAGCAAUGUAAUGGACGAGUGGAGUAAGAAAUUCAACCCUGGCACACAUGUGAUAUUAGUUACGACUGAUAACUGUCUCAAAGCAUUGAGAAUUGCAGAUGCCACUUGUGUAAUCCAUUAUGGCUUUCCUCCAUGUUGGGAGAUAUUUGGAGCUCGCCUAUGCUGCAUGAUUGACAAUUUUGAUAAUCUGAUUGUGGAGGGAUCAACUCUUCAAAGUCAGUCAAUCAUACUACUGACAGACAAAGAUGCACCACAAACAGCUUCCAUUCUGCACUACUUGGAAAGAGCUAAAGCUAAAAUUCCUAAAGAGCUAUACAGAUUUAUUUCUGACUUGAAUAACACAGACAACGUUUGCUAUACCAAAUCUUUAUGUAAAUACCUUAAGGCGUAUGGAAUCUGCAGAGAUAAUAAAACAUGCCCAAGUCGUCAUAAGCUUCACCAAGACAUGGACAAACCACGAUGUCUUUCAGGUGAAAAGAAAUUGCCUGGUUCGGGAUACAUUGAGAUUAUUCCAACAUGUGUCAGUGAUGCUUCCAGUUAUUAUGGUAGAAUAAUACAGCACAGAAAUAAAUGGGAGGAUCCUCCUAUUUCAAUGGAAGAGGACUAUCUGAUGCUUUUGAAAGACAUGGCUGAUUAUUACUCAGAGGAGAACCACAGGAAACCAGUAGAGCAAUUAGCAGUUUCUGCUCUAUAUGGAUUAGAGGAAAAAAUAUAUAGCAGGGUGCAGUUAAUAGCAUUGCCACAGAAAGCUGAGAGUGCAGUUCUCAGUAAUGCAAGAGUGAAAUAUAUUGACAAUGGUCAAACUGGACAAGUGAUGCAGAAACAGCUGCUCAAACUACCUGCCAAAUUUCAGGUUCUGCCACCACAGGUUGUUGAAUUUAUUAUAUGUAGAGUGAAACCUAUUGACAAUGAAAUGGAUUGGAAUCCACAGGUUUCCAGAUUUAUUAAACAAAAGAUCAGCAAUAAAUCUCACACAGCCAAAAUUGUUCUUGCUCUUGGUAAUACUUUAUGGCUGAAUACUGUAGUACACAUGGCUAAACUAGCUGAUCUGAAAACCACAAUAUUGGAAUACAACAUUCGCUCAGAAAUCAUGAAUUCUGGAUUUGGAACAGAUAAUGCAGAGCACAUUGAAAGGUUGAAGGAUCUCUGUAGGGUUGCUGAACUUAGUUUGCCUGAUGAGGAUUCUCCCCUGAAGCAGCUAUUUUAUGGUAAAGAGAUAAAACAUGCCAUUCUCAAGAAUGAUGGAAAUUACCAUUCAGUUAUAAUUUCUGAAUUUCACAGUCCAAAGCAAUUCCACGUGCAGUUAGUGGCAACACGGGCUGCGCUGUGCGCUUUGGAGAAUGAAAUUAACCAAAAAAUUACGGAAAAGGAAACUUUAAUUUCAGGCACUUACGUGCCAGCUGUUAGUGACUUGUGCUUGGCAUUCUGUGAAACAGGGAAGAGGUGGCGUAGGGCGAAGGUCUUGUCAGUUCUCGAUUCCAAAAGGAACUAUAAGGUGUUCUUUGUGGAUUUUGGGAUAUGCAGCUGUGUUUCUUUGAAUAACAUUCAGCCUUUAGUGAAAGAUGCCCUUAAGCUUCCUUUUCAGGCCAUCUGCUGUUCAUUAUUUGGUGUGGAACCUGUGGGAAAAAACUGGAAACCAGAGAUGAAAGAGUUUGUAUGGAUGCCUUUUCAGGACAAGGAGCUGCAAGUUAAAGUCGUUGAACAAAAUAGAAAGGAUCUAACUAAUGUUGUAUGCUAUCACGUCGUUGUGCAAGAUCCUUCUGAUGCUGGCUCUUUAAAACUAUCAGAAUGUAUUAUAUUUAAAGGACAAGCUGAAGGGCCACCUGCAAUUUUAAACCAAUUGUUUCCUGAAGAAGCUAUUGUAAAUAGUCACACCAGCUCCAUUUCGUGCCUCUGUUCUUCUGUUUGUGCACUUUUAGGAGAUCAAAAUUCGUCUUCAUUAAGAACCACAAUAGUGGAGGAACUCAAAAACAUAGUGCUGCAGUAUCCUGCAGACAGUGCAUCAGAAUCAGAUUUACGCUUCCUAUGCAGAUUGCUACGGCUCCUGACUACUCCAAAAGAACAAGCUGAUGUAAUAAUUGCAAUGACUCAUUUGGCCAAGAUGCAAGUAAGAGAUCUGGAUGAAAUCAAAAAAGAGAAAGGAAUUUAUGUGCUUGUGAACCUGCUUCAGGUAACCAAUGCAGAACUGCAAGAAAGCAUAUGCGUUGCACUUGGGAUUCUAAGUGAAAACAGUGACCUGUGUACAGCUAUCAUUAAUGCCGAUGCAUUGAAGCACCUUUGCCAUUUACUGAAAAAACCAGUUGAAAAUAAUGUGUGGGAAGCUAUUAUUGGAGCUUUAGCUGCACUUCUUUCCUCUAGCAGGGUUUGCGAAGAAAUCGAAGAGCAAGAAAUUAUUUGUCAUCUUUGUACAAAAAUUCAAUCCUCAAAGGAUAAGGUUUUGGAAAACAUUCUGAAGGUUUUGUGUCAUCUCAGUGGAAGACCUCAGGGUCUGAAUUUAAUGUUAUCAAGUGGACUUGCUUUAAUUAUUGAGAGGCUGUUAGCGAGCAUAUCUAGCAAGAGUGCUUUAUAUAAAAUUGCGAACAACUUGAAGUUUUCACUAACCAGUUUGCAAAAUUUACUUUGCCUACAAAAUGGUGCAGCCUCCUGUGAAGGAAAUGCUGGUAUUGUGGAUGCUCCUGAAGAUAGAAAAGGCCAAUCAACAAUGGAUCAUAAAAGCUUUCACCCAGAAGUAAAAUGGCAUCAGAAGGAAGAUCGUCUUGUACUAAAUGUCAAGUUGCGAAAUUUUACAGAGCAUUCAUGCAAAUUUAGUCAUUGCAGAGUAGUAUUCAGUGCCUUUGUUGGCAUCAAGUUAUACUUGGCGGAUUUGGAACUUCAAGGUAGUAUUUUAGAGGAAAAGUGCUCAUGUGUCACUAAAAAUGAAGAGCCUGUCAUAACACUGUUCAAAGAAGAGAAAGGUGAAUGGAGCAGUUUGCUGAAAUUCAAGAAUCCGAAUGUCACUUUUGAUUUCACCUAUUUCAAUGAAGCAACGGAUGAUGUAUCUCUUCCAAUUUUCAGUGAUUUUAGAAGGAAGGGGCAGCUAAUAAUAAUGGAACCCAGCAUAGAUGAAUGUGGUGGUUUUACCAGUGCUAAUGAUAGUUCUGAAGAAGAUUACUGAAGACUCAGCCCUCCAAGAUUGGCCUGGAGUCUCCAGGAAUUGAAAAUCAAUCAGCUGGAUACUGCUGUAUGCAACCCUGGAGAAAAUUCAUUGGGACAUUAAAAAAUAUAAUUUUUUUUGUCAUUUUCUUUGAUCAUGUCUGUUUACCAGAUAUAAAAAUGUUGAAAAGAUGGGGAGAAAGAUAUUUGGCUGAUAGUCAGGCAUAAUCUAUUUAGG